AUGUUCGGGUGGCGGCUUCCGAUUCGGGCUCAGCUCUUCCUUUACUCGCCUGGUUGGUGCCGCGGGACGCAGCGUCUCAUCCGACAGGCGUUGCAGCAGCUGGGUGAUGGCAUCCGUGAGUUUGUCAACUUUCUCUUCAAGUUGAGGCCGUCUCCCUCGUGGUCUCCUCCCUCUGCGCGUGCUCCAUUCAAUUGCUCUGUGUGUGGGAAGUCCUUUUCAUGGCCAUCAGAUCUUCAGAGACACCAGAGAACACACACGGGCGAGAAGCCAUUCAUGUGCCCUGUGUGUGGGAAGACAUUUGCACGGUCAUCAACUCUUCAAGAUCAUCAGAAAACACACACGGGCGUGAAGCCAUUCUUGUGCUCUGUGUGUGGGAAGGCAUUUGCACACUCGUCAACUCUUCAAGAUCAUAAGAAAACGCACACGGGCGAGAAGCCAUUCCUGUGCCCAAUGUGUGGGAAGGCAUUUGCACAUUCACCACAUCUUCAGAGUCAUCAGAGAACACACACGGGCGAGAAGCCGUUCUUGUGCUCUGUGUGUGGGAAGACAUUUGCACACUCGUCAACUCUUCAAGAUCAUAAGAAAACGCACACGGGCGAGAAGCCAUUCCUGUGCCCAAUGUGUGGGAAGGCAUUUGCACAGUCAUCAACUCUUCAAACUCAUCAAAGAACACACACGGGGGUGAAGCCAUUCCUGUGCUCUGUGUGUGGGAAGUCCUUUUCACGGCCAUCACAUUUUAAGAGACACCAAAGAACACACACGGGCGAGAAGCCGUUCCUGUGUUCUGUGUGUGGGAAGACAUUUGCACAGUCAUCACAUCUUCAGAGUCAUCAGAGAACACACACGGGCGAGAAGCCAUUCCUGUGCUCUGUGUGUGGGGAGGCCUUUACACGGGCAUCAACUCUUCAAACUCAUCAGAAAACACAUACGGGCGAGAAGCCAUUCCUGUGCCCUGUGUGUGGUAAGACAUUUGCACAGUCGUCAACUCUUAAGAACCAUCAGAGAACACACACGGGCGAGACGCCAUUCCUGUGCCCUGUGUGUGGGAAGGCAUUUGUACGGCCAUCAACUCUUCAAAGUCACCAGAGAACACACACGGGCGAGAGGCCGUUCCUGUGUUCUGUGUGUGGGAAGGCAUUUGCACGGUCAUCACAUCUUCAGAGUCACCAGAGAACACACACGGGCGAGAAGCCAUUCCUGUGCCCUGUGUGUGGGAAGAAAUUUGCACAGUCAUCACAUCUUCAGAGUCACCAGAGAACACACACGGGCGAGAAGCCAUUCCUGUGCCCUGUGUGUGGGAAGAAAUUUGCACAGUCAUCAACUCUUCAGAGUCAUCAGAGAACACAUACGGGCGAGAAGCCAUUCCUGUGCCCUGUGUGUGGGAAGACGUUUGCACACUCGUCACAUCUUCAGAGUCAUCGGAGAACACACACGGGCGAGAAGCCAUUCCUGUGCCCUGUGUGUGGGAAGACGUUUGCACACUCGUCACAUCUUCAGCGUCACCAGAGAACACACACGGGCGAGAAGCCAUUCUUGUGCCCUGUGUGUGGGAAGGCAUUUGCACGGCCAUCAACUCUUCAAAGUCACCAGAGAACACACACGGGCGAGAGGCCGUUCCUGUGUUCUGUGUGUGGGAAGGCAUUUGCACGGUCAUCACAUCUUCAGAGUCACCAGAGAACACACACGGGCGAGAAGCCAUUCCUGUGCCCUGUGUGUGGGAAGAAAUUUGCACAGUCAUCACAUCUUCAGAGUCACCAGAGAACACACACGGGCGAGAAGCCAUUCCUGUGCCCUGUGUGUGGGAAGAAAUUUGCACAGUCAUCAACUCUUCAGAGUCAUCAGAGAACACAUACGGGCGAGAAGCCAUUCCUGUGCCCUGUGUGUGGGAAGACGUUUGCACACUCGUCACAUCUUCAGAGUCAUCGGAGAACACACACGGGCGAGAAGCCAUUCCUGUGCCCUGUGUGUGGGAAGACGUUUGCACACUCGUCACAUCUUCAGCGUCACCAGAGAACACACACGGGCGAGAAGCCAUUCUUGUGCCCUGUGUGUGGGAAGGCAUUUGCACGGUCAUCAACCAUGAACAGGCACCAGAAGGUC